GCUAAAGCCUUUGAAAAAAUAAUCCCUCAUUUCCCCCCUCGCGGCCGGGCCUUCCUCCUGUUCUUCUUUUUCUUCCAUGGACGAUCCUUCUCCGUCUUCUUCUUCCCCUUCACAAUCCCUAGAAUCCUUCCUUCACCUUCAAUCCAGUGCUUGCGUUCCCACCGAAGUCCCCAACAAUGCCGUCAACGAGGGCAACGCCGCCGCUGCCGCCGCAAUUUCCGACAUUUCCGAUCCCAUCGUCGGAAAUCCUCCCCCAUUCGCGGUACCCACCGAGGAAAACCCAGAUAUUCCCGUCAAGAAGGGCAAGAAAAAGACGAGAAAGAGGGUCCUGAAGGAGAGUUCCGCAACCGCGUCGUCGUCUUCACCCUCUUCGUCUUCUCCGUCCUUGGGCCCGUAUCAGAGAGGCGCGCGCGUGGCGUGCAAACGCCGAAGCGCUCGCGUCUCGUUCGGGCCGGCGCGUAGAAACCCCGUUGCUGAUUCGAUCUCGUUUCGUUUGGGGAUGUCAAUCGCAGCUUUUGUUGCUCAGAUUCUGGAGAACAAAGAUGCGUUGGGUGAAAGGAUGUCUGCUGAUCAUCUUGCCCUGAUAUGUGCUUCAGCUGUUAGAGAAUCUUUAGUCAAUGAUUUCGGGGACACGUUUGAUAGUUUCGUGAGCAACUUUGAAAAAUCUUUCAGGAGCACUUUUAGGACUCUUAAGUUGAUCCAGGAAUCAACCAUAAUCAAGAGAGAUAACUGCCUAAAUCACCUGAACCUAAAACAGUCUAUUUCGGGCGUGGCUCAUGAUUUUGGAGACUGUGUAUACAGAGGUAGUGCAAGCAGCUCUGGCAUAGAAAGUUGUCAUUCAGAAGAGCUCUUCCGCCCUAAUGCAACUGAGGAUCAAAUAAGUCAUAGUGCAGCAGUGGAACAGAGUGAGGUAACAGAUUCUGCCAGUCUGGAGCUUGCGCUGCAUGGACAAAGAAACGAACUGGCAUUUGUCUCUCGAAGCCCAUUUGAAUCUGUAAAUAACCGGCCCAUGCUUAGCACUAUGGAGAAGUCCGUGAUAGAGCAAACCCGCUCUAAUGACCUUAAGAUAGUGGAGCUUGGUAUUGCGAUGAAAAAUCUGAAGUUGAAAGAGACACAAUUGGCUCUCAACUUUGAUUCAAACAAUUUGGGGAGAUCAAAAUUAGCAAUGGGUGCAUCAAAGGCAUCCUUUAAAGCUGAAAAGUUCAAGACUCAAUUAGAAGAUGCGAGAUAUGCAGAGCUUCGCAAGAGGUGCAUAGACUGUCUUGUUGCUGGUUUAUUUCUCAUGGCAGCGUCCCUCUUAUAUGGUGCUUAUGUUUUCUCACACCAAAAAAUUACUGAAGUGACAGCAUCCUGUACGCCUUCAUCAAAGGAAUCCAAGUCUUGGUGGAUCCCGAAACCCAUGGCUUCAAUCAAUUCAGGGAUAGAGAUACUCAGUUGUCAGUUCCAAGUUUUGAUCAGAAGGCUGUUCGGUUUCGUAAUGAUUCUGUCAAUUGCUUAUUUAAUCAUCCAGCGGUCAUCAUCUUCGAGAGAGACAAUGCCAAUUACUUUUAUAGUUUUGUUUUUGGCAUUGUUCUGUGGUCUCGCUGGCAAGGUUUGCGUGAAUACAUGGGGAGGGAGCGGAUACGUUUGGCUUCUAUAUUGGGAGACCCUCUGCUUGCUUCAUUUGAUCUGCAAUGUCUGGACAUCAGUAUCAUUCUUGAUACUACAUGGACCACUGACUGUCUCUCCAGGAAUGAAACACGAUGCAAGAUUUCCAUAUUGGAUCCGCAGAGUCAUGUUUUAUGGGAUUCUGUUCUUCUUUCUGCCAUUGCUUUGCGGUCUUCAUCCUUUCGCGAGCCUUGGUGAAUGGAAAGACCAUUUUCUGUCACGCCUCUUCGAUUAUCUGUCUGUUAUGGAGGAUUGAAGUUAUGUUCAGGUUGCUGAAAAGGGCAGGAGCUUCUACAUAUUUUCUAUUGAGGUAAUUCUUUGACUAUUUGCAUAAUUUAGUUUUGUAACCUAUGUCAAGCUUUGUAUCUGUUGUAUCAAAUUAGAAUAACUCUGCCAGCAAUAGUUGGGUGUUUUAUUUUUAUUUAUGUAAUGUUAUUGAUAACUUGUGAGCUAGAAAGGCGAGGGCUUUUGUAUUUUUAUGAGGUCAUCUGUGUUGUAACUUCUAUGUAUUGUCAAGCGUUUGUAUCUAAGCAAAUACAUGCUUAUUGUCUCGGAUUUCGCUUCUACAUAAUAACCACACGAAA